AUGGCGAUGUCUAAACAAGAGGCCACAUUAGAAUGCAGUAUUUGCAUGUCUGAUUUCAACGAUCCACGAAUUCUCAGUUGCUUCCAUACAUUCUGUACUACUUGUCUAGAACCAAUUCUCCGUAAAUGGUGCAAGCGAGGGAGUUUUCCGUGUCCUUUAUGUCGAAUGGAAAUAGAAAUACCUUCUGAAGGAGUAAGCGGAUUCCAGAGAAAUUUUUACGUCUCUCAUUCAAACAAAAACAAAAGGCAAAGUACGACUCAUUGCAAGGCAUCUGAUAACGAUACCCCGUGUGAAAUCCACUCAACACACAAAGUCUACAUUUACUGUAUCCUAUGUAAACAGAAGCUGUGUGUCAAGUGUAAAGAUGAACUACAUAUCGAUCACGAUGUCGAGUAUAUAUCGGUUGCAUCUGAGAGAGAAAAACUCAAAUUAACUGAGGUAACAAAAAACGCCCAGUACUUUCUUGGUUCUAUUGAAGAGGCGCUUGCUAACACACAUGAUGAAUACAUACGUAUGACUCGAGAAAUCACGUCGCUAAAAUAUUCCGCACGUGAUCACGCAGAGAAGAUGAAAAAAGCAAUUGAUGAAGAUUUGCUUGCAAUGGGAAAACAUCUUGAUUCAGAACGAAGAUUAAGAAAGUCAAAACUACAGCAGUUUGCAUUAGAAGUGGAGGAGAAACGUAAAUUGGUGACUAGCAUCAUUGAGAAGAGCAGCAAGACUGUUCUUGACUCUGAAAUUGACAUCCUAGAUUCCAGUCGUUCAAUCAUGAAUCGGUUUCUUAGUCUUGUUCGCGAACGCGUAGAAGUUCCGUGUGAAGAAAUGUCUUUCCUUCCUAGCGAAAUUCCUAGCCAUGGAAGCAGGACUGUAGGAACUGUGAUAAGUGAGUCGACGAGAGCUCUAAGUGUUUCAGUUCCGAAGCGGGUUCUAUACGUUCCGAUGUUUGAAGUAAAGGUCGUGUCGACAAUUAAAAGCAUAAGUGGAGAGACAAAGGUAACUAGCAUUGCACCAAUAUCGAAUACAUCAGCAUGGGUUUGUUACAACAACAGUAGAACAAUUUACCUCUGCAAUAAGGAUGGUGUUGAAAAGAAACAAAUCGCUCUUCCCGGAAAAGUCGCCGACAUUUCCGUUAGUCGAGAAGGAAAUCUGUCCAUAGUCAGUCAGCAGAGGAACGUUAUCUGGCAAGUCGACAAGACAUAUAGUGGGAUCAUUCGUGAAGACAAAUUUCCACAUAAACCACAGAAUAUAUGUUCAGGCUCUAAUGGUUUGUAUGCUACAUUCAUUUCGUCGGCAAGUCUUUUAAACUUCGAAACGAAAGCAAAACUCGUGAAAUUCGAUGAAAAUAUGUGUAAUGGAAAAGAAAUCCCCAAUACAGAGACUGAUGAAAAGAUUCUGAAGUCCCCAAAGGGAUUAUCAGAACAUGCGAAUGGUGACUUGUUGGUGGGUAAUUUUUGUGGAAACAACUGCUUUGAGAUUGUCGUUGUUUCGCCAAGCUUGCAAGUUCUUGGAAAAAUUCUUUGUGAGACCUCGGAGAGAGAGGCUAUAAAGCCGACAGCCAUGUGUUGCGACGUGUUCGGCAAUACUUUUCUUUCCGACUCAGAAAAGGGCAGAGUGUUCUUAAUGAACAAAAAGGGGGAUCGAUUCCGGUGUUUCCUGGGACCAGAACACGGUGUCACAUGCCCUGGAGCAAUCUCUGUUGAUGGUACGGACCAUCUCUGGGUCAGCAACUCAGACACUGGGAUAAUCAAUGUGUUCAGAUACAUGAAAUAA